UUCUUUAUCAAAAAAAAAAAAAAAACACGUCUUUGUUUUGUUCUAGUUUCACUGUAGAAAUGUUAUUUUCAAAUUUCAAUUUCAAUCAAUGUUCUUCCUUUGCUUGUGUUUAAGUAUAACUCUAAAAUAUUCCACUCAGAUCUUCUAAACGUAAUUAUAUUAACCCAAACCCAUUUGUGAUUUUUUGUCAAUAAUCUCUUUGAGCUACUUUGGUAUCAAACUUUUGUGUUUUGCACUAUCAACAUGGUUGUAGUUUCUCUCUGAAAGGUGGUGAAGUUGAAAGUUUACACAUUUCCUAUGAAUUCUGCAUGAAAAUGAACUUUCCAAAUCUGGGUCACUGUGGUUUCAUUUUCAAAGCUCCAAUAAUUUGAAAAAUCAGUUACGGAAGUUGGUUUUGGAAAUGGGCUUAGUUAGGAUUUUGCUUUUGCUUAUAGCUUCAUGAUAGUUAGGUUAGGACUUCUUAUAGCUGCUUCAGUUGCAGCCUUAACAUUUCAAAAGCUCAAUGUGAAUGGCUCACAAUCAGAACAUGGUGAAGAAAGGAUUAGGAAACAUCAAGAUGAGGGCACAGAGCAACAGAAGCAGUCCACUUGUUCUGUUAAUGGUCUCAACCAGAAAGAGAAGGAAGAAGAAGAAGAAGAAGAAGAAGAAGAGCAAGAAGAGGGGAUUAAGUUAAUUAGCAACAUAAUGAACCUAGCUAAUGAUUUUGACGAUGAUAUUCUAUCUGAAUUCGAAAGCCUUCUAUCUCGGCAGAUUGAGUUACCGUUACAUGCUGACACGACCGAUGAUGAGGCCAAGAAAGUCGGAGAUAAGGAAACUGAAACGGCGAAAACGUAUAGUGAAUUGGAUCGGUUGCGAAAUUUAGUCAAGGAACUUGAGGAUAGGGAAGUGAAACUUGAAGGUGAAUUGUUUGACUAUUAUGGUUUGAAGGAACAUGUACCGGACAUUGAGGAGUUACAAAGGAAGUUGAGACUUAAAACUGUUGAAAUAGAUAUGCUUCAUAUGACCAUUAAGUCCUUGCAGGAAGAGAAUAAUAAACUUCAAGAAGAUCUCACACAUGAAGCUUCAGCCGAGAGAGAACUUGAGGUGGCGAGAAACAAGAUCAAGGAGCUGCAAAGGCAGAUAGAGUUCGCUGCUAGCCAGACGAAAGGCCAGUUGUUGUUGCUUAAACAAAAAGUUUCUGGUCUACAAGCAAAAGAAGAAGGAGCUGCAAAGAAAGGUCCUGAGAUUGAAAAGAAAUUGAAGACUGCGAAUGACUUAGAGAUUGAAGUUGUUGAGCUUAAGAGAAGAAGCAUAGAACUUCAACACGAGAAGCGAGAAUUAACUGUUAAACUUAAUGCUGCUGAGUCUAGAAUUACAGAACUAUGCAGUAUCACUGAGACUGAAAUCGUUGCCGAGGCAAAAUCAGCGGUUGGUAGGCUAAGGCAUGCAAAUGAAGACCUGCAAAAGCAAGUUGAAGGACUCCAGAUGAAUAGGUUCAGUGAAGUUGAAGAACUUGUUUACCUUCGCUGGGUCAACGCCUGCUUGAGAUAUGAACUCAGGAAUUACAAGGCACCUUUAGGGAAAUCAUCAGCAUGUGAUCUAAACAACAGUCUUAGCCCAAAAUCACAAGAGAAGGCUAAACAGCUAAUGUUAGAAUAUGCUAAUUCGGAGCGCGGACAAGGUGAUACAGAUCUUGAAAGCAACUUGUCACAUGAUCCCUCUUCACCAGGCAGUGAAGAUCUUGACAUUCCAUCCAUCGAUAGCUAUACUAACAAAUAUAGUAAUCUUAGUAAGAAAACUAGCUUAAUCCAAAAGUUAAAGAAAUGGAAUAAAAACAAAGAUGAUUCGAGUGUUCUUUCAUCACCAGCCAGAGCUCUUUCAAUAGACUCUCCUAGCAGGAUAAGUAUGAGCUAUAGACCGCGGAGUACACUCGAAACCUUGAUGCUAAAGAAUGCUGCUGAUGCUGUAGCAAUAACUACUACCUUUGGGCAGAAGGAUCAAGAACAUACUCAAUCGCCUGAUACUCCGUCUCUUCCAAGCAUGAGAAAAGUUUCAUCCUGUGACUCACUGGAUUCUGUUUCGUCUUCCUUCCAAUUGAUGUCUAAGACAGUUGACAGGUCUCUCGACGAAAAAUAUCCUGCAUAUAAAGACCUCCAUAAAUUGGCAUUAGCAAGGGAGAAACAGCUUAAGGAAAAGGCUGAGAAAGCAAGAGGGAAGAAGUUUGGUGAUAAUUCAAACCUCAAUAUUACCAAGGCUGAACAAGAGAGAUCGGUAUCUUUGCAACCAAAACUUACUCGAGUAAAUGAGAAGGUAUAUGUUUCUGUUGGCUUAAAUGAUCAAUCUGAAGAUGGGAACAAUUUUGAUAGUCAAGCCAUUAGCAAGAUGAAGCUUCUCCAUGUUGAGGAAAGGCCUCCAAGGGUGGCUCGGCCACCUCCUAAACCAUCUGAUGGUGCUCCGGUUUCAAAUUCUUCCAAUGGUAUAACACCAUAUGCUCUGUCUGCGCCUUCUCCCCCUCCACCACCACCACCGCCGCCACCACCAGGUGGACUAAGUGGAACAGUUAGUGAUGACAAAGUUAAAAGGGCUCCCGAACUUGUUGAAUUUUAUCAAUCAUUGAUGAAACGGAAGGUAAAGAAGGAGGCCUCAUCACUAAUUUCUUCAACAACUAAUGCAACUGAUGCCAAGAGCAACAUGAUUGGGGAAAUUGAGAAUAGAUCAUCAUUUCUUUUAGCUGUGAAAGCUGAUGUAGAAACACAAGGUGAUUUUGUUGUGUCCUUGGCAACUGAAGUUCGAGCAGCCACGUUCUCUAAGGUUGAAGAUGUAGUUGCUUUUGUGAACUGGCUAGAUGAGGAACUCUCCUUCCUGGUUGAUGAACGAGCAGUUCUCAAGCACUUCGAUUGGCCUGAAGGGAAAGCAGAUGCACUAAGGGAGGCGUCUUUUGAAUAUCAGGAUCUCAUGAAAUUGGAGAAGCAGGUCUCCACCUUCAUCGAUGAUCCUAAACUCCCAUGUGAAGUUGCUUUACAGAAAAUGUACUCAUUGCUUGAAAAGGUAGAGCACAGUGUAUAUGCACUCAUACGAACACGAGAUUUGGCCAUUUCACGGUACAAGGAGUUUGGAAUACCAGUAAAUUGGCUAUUAGAUUCCGGAGUUGUUGGCAAGAUCAAGCUUUCUUCUGUUCAACUGGCAAACAAGUAUAUGAAGUGUAUUGCAUCUGAACUUGAUAUACUAUCUGGACCUGAAGAGGAGCCAACAAGAGAGUUUUUAAUUCUGCAAGGCGUACGCUUUGCUUUUCGUGUUCAUCAGUUUGCCGGAGGCUUUGAUACAGAGAGCAUGAAGGCUUUUGAAGAACUAAGAAACAGCAUUCAUGUUACAGCAGGUAAACAUGAUAAUAUACCAGAAACGACGAAUUUGUCGCAGCUGUAAGGUGAUCAUUAAAAAUUUAAAUGAGUUCGUUUAUAUAGAUUUUUUUUAAUACUUUUACACUUGUAAGUUAUUUAUCUGAUCAAUGUUACCUUCUUAAAUGUAUAGUUCAAUUUUUAUAAAACAUAUAUACAUUGACAAAAGCUCAAUGAUAGGUAGCAAACUCUUUCUAAGAGUUUUAAUUAAGCUAUAUUGCAUUCUAGGAUCAGAAUUGAACAUGAAACACUUGUUAAGAGACUUGUUUCAUCUAAAUUUUCGUUUGAUUUA